GGAUCCCAUCUCUUCAAGAAAACAACCCCACAAGCCUAUCUCUCUGUUUUUUGAAAAAGGAAACAGCACCCCUAUUCACACCUUUAACUUUUCUUGCCAUAUUUUUCUUGCUUUUUAGCUGUUGUUAUUGUUAUUUUUAUUAUUAUUUUCUUUUGGGGUUUACUCAAUCAAUCUUGUCUCUUGUUUCUUUUCUUUUUUUCUUUAAAAAAAUAUGGGGUUCUUGGUUGGUGAGCUAGAAUCCAGCUGCCUUGUAUUGACUUGCCUUAUAUCAUGGAAUGCUCGUCGUUGGGUUCAGGGAUUCUCUCUUUUCUUCUUUUUGGAUUCUGUAUUUUUCUUAAAAUCCAUCACCACCACCCUCAAUGUGAAAACCUCUAAUCCCAAAGGAUAUCAUUUCCUUUCAUUAUUCUUUUUCAUAUUUCAGACAAAAGAAAAAAAAAAAAAAUUUCUGCUGAGAUAUAUAAGAGUGAAGGAAUUGGUCCUUUAGGUGCUAUGAAGUGCUUUUACUUCUCCAAUAGAGAGAAAAAUGAAGAACCAAAGACUACAAAAUCUGCUUCUGGCCGCUCUACGGCUUCUACUUCCAUGUCAAUGUCAACCGAUCGUGAUUUGAAGAGAUCUGGGUCUGAGUUCAAUUCCCAGAAUGUCUCAGAUUUUAGCACAGAGUCUUCUACAAAGAACUCAUUUGCAGCUUUGUCUCUGAGACAAAGUAAUCUUAGAGUCUUCACAUUCUCUGAGUUGAAGUCUGCCACAAAGAAUUUCAGCCGCUCUCUCAUGGUUGGAGAGGGUGGAUUUGGAAGUGUGUAUAGGGGAGUAAUUCGGAGCACUGAAGAUCCUAAUAAGAAGAUAGAUGUUGCGGUUAAACAACUCAGUAGAAGAGGGCUGCAGGGACACAAGGAAUGGGUGACAGAAGUGAAAGUUUUAGGAGUUGUUGAACAUCCAAAUCUUGUCAAACUAGUGGGCUAUUGCGCUGAGGACGACGAGAGAGGAAUCCAGCGCUUACUAGUAUAUGAAUAUAUGCCAAACAGAAGUGUUCAGGAUCACUUGUCAAGUCGAUUUCAGACACCUCUUCCUUGGGCUGCUAGAGUUAAAGUUGCCCAGGAUGCUGCCCAAGGCUUAGCAUACCUUCAUGAAGAAAUGGAUUUUCAGAUUAUCUUCAGAGAUUUCAAGUCUUCCAACAUACUGCUAGAUGACCAGUGGAAUGCAAAGUUAUCAGACUUUGGGUUGGCCAGGUUGGGGCCUUCAGAUGGGUUAAGUCAUGUUUCAACUGCGGUUGUUGGAACCAUUGGAUACGCAGCCCCUGAAUACAUUCAGACUGGGCGACUGACAUCUAAAAGUGACGUGUGGGGAUAUGGUGUUUUUCUUUAUGAACUUAUCACUGGCAGACGUCCAUUGGACCGUAAUCGCCCCAAGGAGGAGCAAAAACUCUUAGAAUGGGUCAGGCCACACCUGUCUGAUCUAAAGAAGUUCAAGUUGAUUUUGGAUCCAAGACUUGAGGGAAAGUAUAAUCUGAAGUCCGCCCAAAAACUUGCUGCUGUUGCCAACCGGUGCUUGAUUCGUCAGGCCAAAUCACGCCCCAAAAUGAGUGAAGUUCUGGCAAUGGUUAGCAAAAUUGUGGAUACAACAGAUUUAGGAAGCCCCUUACUCCCUAUGAAGAGCUUGGCUCCCAAAGAUGCAUCUGAAAUGUCUAGACGGGAACGAUUAAAAAGAAAGCUUUUGAAUCAAGAAAUCGGAGAGAAAGUGUGGCUGGCUUGGAGAAGAUGGACACCAAAGCUAGUGAGGGCAUGUUAAGGAAAACCAGUAUAUCCACUUGUCAUUCCAAACCUUGGAAUUCGUUCACGCUGCCAACCAUAGCCAUCAACUGUGCCAGGCUCAUUCUGAGGUGCAGGUCCACCAUAUCCUGGGUCAUUCCCAUACUGAGUUCCAUAUCCACCAU